GUUGGGGUUUGGGAUAAAUUGAAUGAUGAGAAAUGGUUGUCUUGAUAAUAGACUCUAGUCUGUGAUCCACCUUGAUUGUGAGCUUUGCAAUAAAAGGAAAUACAGUGCUGUUAUUUAAACUAUCUCAAACCUUUGACAGUUUUGUCUCAUGGUCUGAAUGAAACGGUGUAAACACGACUCUCCCUUCACUUUUGACUGAUGAACAAACUCUAACAAAUCCAAAUCUUUAACAUCACAUCAGACACAGCAUUACUGUGAUGAACGUUAUAUUUUGUUGAAUUCAAUUUUCAAUGCAUUAAUUUUCAAUAACAUCAAUUUUUAUUUAUAUUCCGUUAUUUGUUCAUAUCUGAUAAACGUUUGUUAGUGAAGUUCACGUGGAUGGAAGUGUCUUAUACUCCAGUGCAGUAGGUGGCGGUAUGCACCGUAAGAUUCAGGAUCAUUGCCGCCAAAAAAAAAAACUGAAUAAAAAGCGGAAAUGCGUCACCAGUCCAAACCCUGAAUGGAGGUGCUGUGGAGAUGUAAGGCCGGUCUCUCUUAACCAAACAUCUCUGAGACCUUUACAUUUAGACUUUUACCCCUGAGAAGAUCUGUCUUUUUAAAGAGUCAACGAUUAAAAAGUUUGGACGUUUUAAAAAAACUGCUGGUGGAUUUUGCGGGUUCUCAGCUGACCGUGGACUGCCUUGUCGUCGCUGCUUUCUGUUCGCAGGUCCAGAGGUGAAUCUAAUGCGGGCAGGGAUCCACAUGGGGAAUCAGGGUCACCCCGAACGUCGGGCUCAAGACUGCAGGCCCCCUGUUUGUCCAGCAGAGAGCAGCAGACUGCUCAAAGACCCACCGGCUCGAGGACGAGCUCCAAGAGAACCAGCCAUGCAGCCUGGAGAGACAAAAAGGCCUCCUGAGCCCUCAGAGUCUGGUAAGAAAAGGCCAUACAGACCACUGACAGAGUAAAAUGUGAAGUUUGUGCAAAAAUAGCAUUUUAAACUAGCUUUUUUUCAAAUCCAGAUUCAGUCAGCCCGGGGAUGAUUUCUUCAUUGCUCUGACCCUGGGAGAGGAGCUGACUUCUCCGGUCCUGCAGCUCUGAACCACAGAUCCCCUUCAGAGGUAAUCGGGCUGCUUAAGAGCAGGAUGUUUCUCUCCUUUUGAGAUCACAGAGAUUUUCAGGAUAGUUUCAUCAGUUUUGUCAGUAUGCAGUGAAUUGUCUGCCUUUCUUCUUGAGAUAUUGAAAUCUUUUGCUCAGCUGUAAAUCAAAGAUGUUCCUUGCAUUAGUAAAACCACAGCAUUGUCUCCACACCCAAUGAUCAUUUGACAAAGCACCACAGGCAUGAAUUCACUGCAAAUUGCCAUAUUUUUUGUCAGUCUUUUAUUCCUUCUGAGGUUCACAUGAUGGUGGAUCAAUGAUGAAAAAUAGCCAAAUCUGAGCGCUGGAGUAAACUCUGCCUCAGCCUGUGAUUGUGCUUGAGAAGCUUCUUUGUUAUUGUUUGUUUGUUUGUUUGUCUGUGCGGAGGGAGUGUGUACAUAUGACAAAGUCUUAGUGUGUGUGUGUGUGUGUGUGUGUGUGUGUGUGUUAUUGUAUACUGGGCUAUGAUGUAAAUUUACUGAACCUGAAGUGUGUUUUAUUCAAACACAUUUCAUGAUGGUUUCUACACUUGAACUGAGCUCACAUAUAUAUAAACGUGUGCGUGUGUCCAACUGCCUGACUGUGCAGUACGUGUGUGUGAGUUAAUUUUGGGUUUCCACAGGGCUGUGCUGUUUAACUGUGUUUAUUUUGUGUUUAUGUGUUUGUUUGUCAGUCUGCACAUAGGCCUCCUGAUUCUGACUCCAUCAGCACCUCCGCAGGUGAGUGACGGCAUGAGUGUGUUUGAGUGAGGUUUUAGUUCCUGAUUCUGACUGAGUGGAAGAUUGGGCUUUCAAACUUCUUUCUUUCUCAAAAAACAAAACAAACCAAAAUUGCUUCAAUAUUGUGAGUCUUUAGGAACCUGUGAAAUCCUCCUCAGAUGUUUCAUACUGUAUAAACGCUGAUUACAUGUAACAUAUUUGGCUCUGAGCUUUGCUGUUACUUAAAUCGGCUUUUUCCUUUUACUUCUCCCUCUCCUCCAUCAGGUCAGAGUGUCCAUGUUGAGAAGAGCCAAGCUUUAGCCUGUCCUUAACCAUCCAUAGACUCUGUUUAAUGACAGCAGCAUUCAGCGCAUCACAACACCACAGGUAGGCAACCAAUACUGCACACAUUAACCAACAUUUAAUAUGCUGUUCAUAAUAAUAAGAGGCACGUUGAGUAAGUAGUGUACAACUCUCCCUGUCAUCCUCUAUUAUCCAGAGGUGGUGUGCGUAUCCGUCAGUGUUUUCUGGUUUUCUUACCAUGGUUGUGGUCUUUUUAUCGGUAUCAGUCAUCUUGCAGUGCAGUGAAGCAGGUUGUCAACAGUCUGCAGGUCUAGAAAACAUCAAGUAGGAAACAAAGGGGCCUAGUGACAACCCCCUCUGUGCAUGUCUGCCUCAGACUUUAACACGAGAGAAAGACAAAAGAAAACGUCCGUAUUUGUCGCCUUUUGAAUGAGGAGACUCAGCGGUGUAGUGGCUGCGACUGGAAGAAACAAAGCAAAAUCUCAGCAGGCAGGAAAAUUCUCAACACCAGCAGCAAACAAACAAAUCUGACACCUUCCUGCAUGUUUGUGUGGAGGUGCCAACCUGGCUCUACAUUUUUAAAAGCAUCACCUCUGUGACCCAGUCAGAAGCACUUCAUUUGUAGGUUUUGCUGCUUUGUUUACUCUGAUUUACACACUUAGUGCUAUAAGUAAAUGUAUCUACGAACUUCUUCAGAGCUCCUCAGGCUCACAGAUCAGGACAAGGCAAAAACUCAAAGACUGAAGUCAGACUGAAGCGCUUAGUAGUGAUGGGCAAAUGAUACUGAGGCCUUGGCGCAUGUGUCACUUUUCCUGAAGCGGAGUGACUGAUGGCGUUUGAAGCUUUGAACGUCAUAACCGAAUCUCCUCAUGCUUCAGUGCGUCCUGAGUUAAUGACAGCUUGACAUGUUUGACAGAUUUGAGUGGUUUGACGCCACACGAGUUAGAUAAGAUGCAUCAUUAUUCAUCAUACAUUAUAUGUUCCAUUAUUGAAUUGUAUUUUCUUGGCAUAUAGCUUGAUAAAAUCUUAACAUUUAAGUACCAUGUGAAUACUCUUGUAUCUAAGGUGCAACAGAAAGUCAGCUUUUUUACAGAAAUGAAUCCAGUUUCCUUCUGUCGUGUAGAAGAAGUGACUACAGUGAUGUAAUUCACAGACAUGCAGCAGCCUCAACUUUUUAAACCCUGAGACUCUGUCUAUCACUAGACGUAAGAAACAUUGGUCUUUGUUUAAUUUCAAGGCCCUCAUCAGCAAACUUCCACUUUAUGUAUCAAACUUGUUGGAGUGUGAUCCUCUUACAUAGACGACCCACUCCUCCUGUUAAACAUUUAAUUCCCUUGAGUUUAUAGUGAACUUGGAAAAACAAAAUUGUCCUUUGACGUCCCAUACCCUUGGCAUGUCCUCCAACAAACUUUAAAAUUGAAGCUCUUCCCUCUCUUGCAGAGUUUAGGACUUUGAUUUAGAAAAAAAUCAUUUCAGAUUGUCCAUGUCUUAAUUGAUUCUAUUGUUUUGCAAAUAUUAUCUAUGUUUGCUUGUUUUGUCUGUAAUCUGGGCGGCAUUGGAAAUGAGAGAAACCUCAAUUUCCCUUGUGAGAAUAAAUCAAGAUUUGAAUUGAAUAUUUAAAUGGGUCUUAAAAUUACAAUUACCUGUAGGUGUGGUGUUUGCUCUGCACACAAGAGUUGUCCUACAACAACAUGUCAUCCAUCCUGAGACACUUGCCUGCCAUUAAGGAUCUUGAGGUAUGCGUGUUGAGCACUGCUGAAACAUCAGUUGUUGUAUUCAGUCAUUCAUUGUCUUUCUGUCUGUCUCAGAUAUACGGAAGGGCAACAUCUUGCUAGAGCAGAGGAUCCCCUGAAGUACUGGGUGGCACAUCGGACUUUCUAUCCUACACUGUGGAAACUCGCCCACAAAUACCUGCACAUCCCAGUAUCAUUUGUCCCUGUGAAAGGAUGUUUUCCAAAGCAGUGGAGUUGAUGAGUCAUAACCAUGUGGUGAAAAAAAUAUUUCUAAUUCUAAACUGUGAACUCAAAUAACUUUUUCUGCUACUCUGAAUAAACAUUCCUCCUCAACCUUAAAAGUCCCCAAAUGACAAACCAUUGUCAUCAUCAAAACCCCCUUAUUCCGCUACAUCACUCACAUUAUUCAGCAGCUCCACUAGCUCCCCCUUAAAUUCACAAUCCGAUUCAAAAUCUUCCUGUAUACACUCAAGGCCACCCACAACCUCGCCUCCCCUUACCUCUCUGAUCUGCUUCCUCAGAUCCUCUUCUUCCUUCCUUCUCACUGUGCCUCCUGCCCACCUCAGCACCAGAGCUUUCAGCUGCUCUGCUCCCCAACUCUGGAACUCACUCCCACCUGACACCUGGAAAAUGGACUCUCUCCUUUUAUUUAUUUAUUUUUUUUCAAAUCCAGACUCAAAACCCACCUGUUCAGAUUAGCCCACUCCUUAUAAUUGACCUUGUCAUAUUUUCAUUUAAUUUGUGUAUAUUAAAUUUUUGAACUCUAUUGCUCUUAUCUUGUUGUUUUAUGCUACCAUUCUUACAUUCUAAAGUGACCUUGAGUGUUUAGAAAGGUGCUUAUAAAUAAAAUGUAUUGUUAUAAUUAUUAUCUUUUAAAAGGUUUUCCUUAGGACCCAUGAACAGUCUUGGCCUGGCCAGACCAGGAAUAAAAAAAAACAGAUGAGAAAGGAGACGGCGUACACUUUGAACUAUCUUCAAAUAAAGAGAUGCUGUAAAAGAUAAA